AUGGAAGUGGGUGACUUGAAGAAACUGAUAUGGAACGAAAACACUAACGUGUUGGCUGGCAUUGACGCCGCCGAGCUUAUUCUAUACCGAGUCGACGCUAGUGCAUUGAAUCCUCAGGACAGGAUCAAGGAAGCAAAGACAAAGAUGGAGAGCCUGAGGUUUGAAAAUGCACUGGACGCGGGUACGGCGUUAUCCAAAUUAUACCCCUCCAAUCCUCCAGAGGACACAAUCCACAUCUUUGUUGAACCUCCAACUAAAGGCGUCAAGCGCAAGGCGUCAGCUGAGGCAAACUACUAG